AUGGCAGCAACUGGCCCGGUUCCUGGGAAGGGGGCCCUGGAUCAUGCCCCCACCUCGGAAGGACACAGGUCAGAGGAGUUGGAGUCUGACUCUCCCCCUGGGGAAGCUGCACCGGAUGCCCAUCAGGGACCCCACUGUUUGUCAGACACUGGCCCACUGAGGCAGCAGUGGAAGGCAGAGGACAGGGUGCAGGCCUCCCACCUGCGGAAGAGCUUGGACCUGUUGGAGAAGAUGCGCGAAGAUAAGCAGCUCUUCCUAGAGGAGACACGAGGGCAGCUGCAAGCGUGUCGUCAGCGGUUGGAGCUCCUCAGGCAACAGCAGGAGAACGUGACCUCCAGGAUUGCUGAGGAGGACGCGGCCCACAACACGGCGGCCGUGGGCCGGCUGCAGGCUGUGUCCAGACGCCUGCGCCUGGAGCUACAGGAGAAACAAGAGCUGCAGUCGAAAAUCAAGGUUGUGCUGACGAAGAAUGAGAACGCCUUGUGGCACAUUGAACUGGAGGAGGGGCGUUUUGAGGAGGCCUGGAAGACCCAGCAGGAGCAGGCAGAGGCCACUGGGCGGGACCCACAGGCCCACGGGGUCCAGCAGCUCCACAGGGAGCGGGAGGCCUUGGGCAAGGCUGAGAGGGACCAGCUGCUGAGGAUCCGGAGGUCCCUGCACGCGCAGAAGGAGCGUGGCCUGCGGCACCAGAAGCUGGUGGAGGCCGCGCAGAGGAGCCACCGGGUGGCCGUGGGCUUCCUGAAGGCCUCGCUCGGCAGAGUCCAGGAGCGGGAGAGGCAGCAGCAGGCUGAGGCUCGUGAGCACGUGCAGCGGCGCAUGGACGCCGUGCUGGCGCUCAAGGCCAGCAUCGCCGCCAACCGGGAAACGCUGCGCAAGUUCCACGCGUGGGGCCAGGCCCAGGCGGAGCUGGAGGCGCGCAGGGUCCAGGCCGAGAAGGAGGCCGUGCUGGCCCAAGGCGGCGACGCCUACAGGCACCUUUGCCACCAGCGGCGGCGACAAGAGCUUGAGGCCCAGAAACGAGCCUUUGAGGAAGAGCAGAAGCUGCGUAAACGCGACAUCCUGCAGCGGCUCCUGAAGGAGGCUGUGGAGCCCAAGAGGAAGCAGGCGCCACAGCCGGCCGUGUCUGGCAGACGCUGGACCCUGCGAGACCGGACCUGGCGCUACGUGUCCGACCUGACCGAGGGGAAAGUCCCUGUCCCGGGCCGCUCGGCCCCGGACAUCCCUGCGGCUGCCCCUGAGCCAGCACAGCUGGUGAAGGCCAUUUCCAGCGAGUCCGUGCAGGGGGACCCCGGGGCUCCUAACCAGGAGGAGGAGACACUGGCCCAGCCCGAGAUCCCCGGGCUCUGGAAGGAAGACCCCAAGCCAUACCAGGUGCCCCCAGAGGUUGUGGACCAGAAGCCCGUGGGUGGGACCAAGAUGGACAAAGCCAUCCUGGCGCGUACCCUGCAGCAGCUGCGGGGAGGGCUGGUGCACAAGCAGGUGGUGUCAGGGCGCGAGUUCACAGGACGCCCCUUCAACAGCAAGCCAGAGCUCAUCCACUUCCAGGACUUUGACCUGGGCAAAGUGUACAGGAAGAAGAUCCGGCUAGUCAACGCUAGCUACACCAUCAACUACUGCCGCCUGCUGGGUGUGGACGAGCACCUACGCGACUUCAUCCACAUUGACUUCGACCCCCCUGGCCCCAUGUCUGCUGGCAUGUCCUGUGAGGUGCACGUCACAUUCAAGCCCAUGAUAAAUAAAGAUCUGGAGGGCAGCGUCACAUUUUUGGCCCAGACAGGCACGUUUUCCGUUCCACUGAAAUGUUCCACCAAGAAAUGUUCAGUGUCCCUCGACAAGGAGCUCAUCGACUUUGGCAGCUACUUAGUGGGAGAGACAGCCACCAGGACCCUCACCCUGACCAAUGUCGGGGGUCUCGGAGCCAGCUUCAGCCUGCUUCCGGCCUGCGAGUAUGAUGAGCUGGAAGAGACCCAGUCCGCGCUGAAAACAAGCAGCCUGCAUACACUCGAGGACAAGAGCGUCUAUGACAAGGCGAUCAGCAGUCCGUCCGAGCAGCAGCUGGAUGGCAACGAGUCCAGCCAGCUGGACGGCAAGAGCCGGAAGGAGUCGGAGAAGCUGGAGGAACCAGAGGGAAUACCAGCGGCUCCCACAGUAAUCACGAUGCCUCCCAGCGAGGGCCAGAUGGAGAUUACACUGGGGGAGGGCACAGAGGGCGAAAUCGGCCCCUUCUGCUCCGUCCGAGUGCCCGUCACCUUCCGGCCCGUGGUGCCAGGAGAGGUAGCGGCCCGGUUCAAGGUGGUGUUCACGAACCCGCUGUGCCCUACGCUGUACUUCAGGGCCACGGGCACUGCCACGGAUGUUCCGGUCUGGGUCCCGCGGCCCAGCGUGGACCUCAAGAUCUGCAUGUAUGACCGGCUCUACCAGGACUCCAUCGUGGUGCACACACGAUCCAAAGCUGCCCUGCGCCUGCGGUUCGAGGUGUGCCCAGAGCUGCGGGGCCACAUGGAGCUGCUGCCUGAGACAGGCUACAUCCAGGCGCUGUCCUCCUGCACCGUGCAGCUCAAGUUCCUGCCGCGGCACUCGCUCCCCGAAGAUGCUGGCAAGUACUUCGACCAGGACAGCCGCGUCCUGGAGGCCCCGAUGAGCAUAUGGGUGUCAGACCAGGCCAAGCCGGUGGGGUUCACGGUCCACGCCGUGGUCACUACCUCAGACCUGGAGAUGAAGCCCUCAGAGCUGGACUUCGGUCACUGCACCAUCUAUGAAGCCGUCCGGACUGAGGUGGAGCUCUGCAACCACUCCCUGCUGCCCCAGGAGUUUGGCUUCGUCGGACUCCCCAAGUUUGUCGACGUUCAGCCCAAUGACGGGUUUGGGACGAUCUUGCCUCUGGAGACCCUGCAGCUGGAGGUGACCUUCCAGCCCACGCGUGCCAGAGAGUACAACUUUGAACUGGUCUGCAAGUCCGAGAUCAACCGAUGCUUCAGGCUGUCCUGCCGGGCUGUGGGGGUCCACCCGCCGCUGGAGCUGUCCCACUACCAGAUCAAGUUCGCGGCCACGGCACUGUACAGCACUUCGGUGGCCACGCUCUACGUGGUCAACUCGCACCUGAGCAGGAACUCGCUAACCCACUCGGUGCCACGCAUUGGCUCGGCGGAGGCCUGUCCCGUGGGACCCACGUCCUUUGAGUUCCUGCUGCCCACCGACUCACCCAUCACCAUCUCACCCUCAGUGGGGACCGUGCUGCCAGGAAAGAGAUGCCUGGUCCAGGUGGCCUUCCGGCCUGUGCUGCCCAACACACUGAUUCACCAGGAAGCCCUGCAGACUCUGAGCAAAGACACGGAGGCCAAAGCGUUCCGCAAGGACACCGUGCCCCAAAGGAAGGAGUUUCGGAAGCAGUCCCUGGCCGUGCUGCGCCUGCAGGGCCGUGAGCGUGGGUUGCGUUGCUCUAUCAUCUCCCACAGCCAGCGGCAGGAGCUCACAGCCAGUGCCGAGGAGUACCAGGCUGCCCAGGCCAGCCUAGCCAGGGCAUUCCAGGGCAAGUUCGACAAGUUGGUGGUCCCCUGCGUUGUGGCCAGCGGUGACAUCAGCGACAGGAAGGGGUCAGAGCCCCUGAGCUUCAGCCCCCACAACACCCUGUACCUGGAGCUGUGGUGCCCGAGCGUGGCGCCCCCCAUCGUCGUGACAUCCGACAAGGGCAAGACCAUCUUCAACUUUGGCGAUGUUGCUGUGGGACACCGCAGCAUCAAGAAGGUCUCCAUCCGGAACAUCUCCCCCGAGGACCUGGAGGUGGAGUUCUCCGUGCUGAACCCCAAUGGCCCCUUUGUGCUGCUGAACCCCUCGAGCAGGCUGCCCACGGGGGAGACCCAGGUCCUCCUCCUGUGCUUCUUGCCCCGCGAGAGCACCCUGGAUCAGGAGACACUGGACAUCGUCACCAAGAGGGGCACGCUGACCCUCACCCUCCUAGGCACCGGAGUGGCCCCCAUGAUCACGUGCUCCAUUGAAGGGGGCGUCCUCAACAUGGGCUACGUCAUUGCCAGGGAGUCCGUCUCCUCUAGCUUCAAGCUGCAGAACAGCUCGUCACUGCCCAUCAAGUUCUCGGUGCAGCUGGACAGCCUGGCCAGCAGCAGAGUCCAGGACCGGCAGCAGCUGCCCCGGUUCCUCACCUCGCCCGCCCAAAGGACGGAGGUCGUGGGCUCACAGAACCUCAGUGGGCAGAGUGUGUUCAGCGUGGUCCCCGUGGAGGGCAUCAUGGAGCCCGGGAAGGCGCAGGACUUCACCGUGACCUUCAGCCCCGACCACGAGAGCCUCUACUUCUCUGACCGACUACAGGUGGUGCUGUUUGAGAAGAAAGUCUCACAUCAGAUCCUGUUGAAGGGCGCCGCCCGCGAGCACAUGAUGUUCGUAGAAGGUGGGGACCCGCUGGAUGUGCCCGUGGAGUCCCUGGCCAUGGUUCCCACCUCCGACCCCGAGCACAGGGAGGAUACGGAGGAACUGAAGCACAUCCUGCUAACCCUGAACUACGUGCAGCUGGACACGGGCUCAGCCACCCCGCCCGCCACCCGAGAGCUGCAGGUGGGCUGCAUCCGGACCACCCAGCUCUCUCCUAAGAAGGCCGUGGAGUUCAGCCUGGACAGCGUAGCCGCCCUACAACACAAGGGCUUCUCCGUGGAGCCCUCCCGGGGCAUGGUGGAGCGGGGCCAGACCAAGACCAUCACCAUCUCCUGGGUGCCCCCUGCCGACUUUGAUCCAGACCACCCCCUCAUGGUGUCAGCCCUGCUUCAGCUCAGGGCGGGAAUGAAGGAAACCUACAAGAUCAUCUUCGUGGCCCACGUGGUGACCAGCCCUUGAGCCCAGGAGCCCCCAGGGACCC